GUUCACCCUCCUUCUAAAGAUGGUUUGCGUAAUGUGCCUGAUUCCUCUUUUUCUCGUCCCAAUCGUCAACCUCCUGCCUCUCCUCUUCGAUUACCUAAUGGGGAAAAUAUAUGGAGUUAUGGGAUGGGAGUACAGGAAGCCGGAAAGAGCUCCUCCGGCGUGUCCUUACAAGCCUGCCGCCCAAAACGAUGCCAAGGUUACAGAAAAACAUGAACCUGGGUCACCGGAGCCUCUUGCAGAAACAGCGGCGGCUCCUCGAGUGGUAGAAUUGAAGCAAGAUUGAAGUCUGACCCUGGUUUCAGGCAUCAAAUAGGUGGGGGGGGGGGGGAACUUAAUGAAAAAGAAACAGCAGCAAAUUGGUGUAACAUAUGUACUUGAUCUUAAAGACUUCCUAAAAUCCUUCUUUUUAAAUCCUUGCUUGUAUGAGAUCAGAGUCGUAAUUGUGGUAGUCCUAAUACUUCUAUGUCACCUCAGUUUGAACAUUACUAGAAAGGAAUGUCUCAUAAACAUUUUUAGUU